AUGCAGAUUUCUAAGAAUAGCACUCUAAUAAAGUUGACUCCAUUUUUUGAUGGUCAACUUCUUCGUGUCGGAGGUCGCUUAAAGCACUCUCUUCUCACUUAUGAUAAAAAGCAUCCACUGAUUCUACCUCUUGAGUCUAUUCUCACAACUCGUAUCAUUCGCAACUGUCACCUUCGCUGUCUUCAUGGGGGUGUUCAACUUAUCCUUGGAACGUUACGACAAUCUUAUUGGAUUCUUCGAGGUCGCAAUUUGGUCCGAUCAUUGAUUCAUCGGUGCAUUCCAUGCGUCAGGAACAGAGGUAAUACUCAGCAACAGCUGACGAGUGACCUCUCUUCCAUUCGCAUUACUCCACCUGAACGAGCAUUCAUGAACACUGUGGUAGACUAUGCUGGCCCCAUCAAUGUUCGCACCUCCAAAGGACGAGGUCACCAUUCCCACAAAGCCUGGAUUUGUAUUUUCGUCUGUUGUGCCUCCCGCUCAGUUCAUCUCUAUUUGGUUUCUGAUUACACAGCAGAAGCCUUCAUAGCUGCUUAUAUUCGCUUUAUUUCUCGUCGUGGUCUUUGUCGAACGUUGUCUAGUGACGAGGGUACGAAUUUUGUGGGAGCAGAUUGUCAAAUAUAG